UCUCUCAACCGUCGAGCUGUACACAUCUGAAAUAUGAACGGAAUGAAAAUGCUUACACUCUUGGGACUCAUGGUCGUGGGUUCUGGUGCCUUGGCUUCAGCCGAUGAGGCACCUAUUGUCGGCGGCCACACACAAUUGAGCGGAGAGAGGAAAGAGCAGGCUCUUACACUGCUGGACACCACCUUGUCGCAGCUCGCAACUGGAGAUGGACCCACCUACAAAGCUGUUAAUGUGACCACUGUGACGAGCCAAGUUGUUGCUGGUACUCUCUAUACGUACCAGGUGGAAUUGGACAAUGGAUCGGACAAGAAGGAUUGCACCGUCAAGAUCUGGACCCAGCCAUGGCUCAAGGAGAACGGUACCAACAUCAAGAUCAAGUGCGAGGGCGAUGAGGGUGAGCUGGAUCGCACCUGGUAGAUGAAAGUGUAUUCCAACCAGUCUAUACCUUUACCCUAGACUGGAUAAUCAAUUACAAUAAAUAAAGGUAUUCCGAAACUA